UUUCUCCCUCCCACUAAUCGCCUGUCUCCUCAUCUGACUCUCACUUUCCCGCUCCGGGCCGUUUUCUGUAUCUCUGAAUCUUCUGGUCUCUGUCGGGGUCUCUGGUGUUCUCCGAUUCCUCGGGUCUAGUUCUCUCCUCUCUGUGUCUUCCCGCCCCUGCGUCUCUCUGCCUCUGCCCUCUUCCUCUCUUUAGGGCUCUUCCCCUUGUUUGACUCUUGAUGGCCUCUCUCUCUUACAUGUCUCUCUCUUUUUGGGCCCCUCCCUACUGCUCAGUGUGUAUCCCCCUGUCUCUGUGGGCUCCGUUUUUGUGCUGACUUCCUGCCUCCCCUCUCUCCCUUGCGCGGACCUCUUAUUUUUAUCUCUUUGUCUCUGGGUGUCUCUGUGGUUCUUGGUUCCUCUCUCUGUCUUUUUGCCCCAUCUGCUCCGCACUCCCCCAUCUGGACUGCUCUCUGCCUCUUGCACUACACUCCCUCUCCUUUCUUCCGUUUCUCUUUGUCUCUGGGUGUCUCUCUGCACCCCCACUUUAGGGCCCCUUCUUGCCUUUGAAUCUCUCUCUGCUGAGUCUCCACUCUGUCUCUUUUCUCUCUUCCGCUGCGUCUGUUUGUUUUUUCAGUGUCUCUGUGUCUCUAUCACUGAGUAUCUCUCGGUCUCUGUGUGUCUCUGGAUGUCUCUGUGAGUCUCUGGGCCCAAAGGUCUCCCUCUCCCUGUCUUUGAGUAUUUGAGUCCCUUUCUGUUCACUGUCUCUCUUCCUUUCCCAAUGUCUCUGUAUCUCUCCAUGUCUCUGAUAUCUCUGUGUGUCUCUGUGUCUCAGGGCUUCCCCUUGUGUCGGUGUCCCCCUUUACUUAUCAUUCCUCUCCCAUUUCCGUGUCUCUGUCUCAGCGUAUCUCGGCAUAUCUCUGAGUCUCUCUGUCUCUGUGUCUCUGUGGGUCUCGGGCCUCUCCCUGCCUCCGUGUCCCCUGCGCUCCCCGCCCUCUCCCUCUCCCUCUCUCCCCCCUCGCUCUCUGGCUCGCGCUCUCUCUCUGAGCAUCCUUGGGCCCGGGGUUGCCAUGGGGACAAGGUGGGAGCCGGGGAUGGCGCGCGCCUGGGCUCGCGCCGGCAGCUCAGGCGAGGAGCAGCGGCCAGAGCAGCGCCAGCAGCAGGCAGCGAGCGGGCGCGGGAGCGGGAGCGGGAGCGGGGGUAGCGUUGGCGGCGGCGGCUCCUCCUCGGCCAUCCCCUCGGAGCCGUGCAGCUGACGCGCAUGGCGAAGACAGCGGCGCCUACCGAUGGGAGCAGCGGUUCUCGGCUGGACCGGGUUGGUGGCCUGAAUGUAUUAGCUGUGCUGCGUCUGCCCAAGAGAAAUAAGAAUGUCUAAGCCCCUGGAGGCCGAAAAGCAGAGUCUGGACUCCCCAUCAGAGCACACAGACACCGAAAGAAAUGGACCGGACAUUAACCAUCAGAACCCCCAGAAUAAGGCUUCCUCAUUCUCUGUGUCCCCAACUGGCCCUAGCACCAAGGUGGGCAUUCUCUCUGGCCUCCACUUAACAUUCUGGGGUCCCGGACCCUGCCUCUCUCCUCCCCAGAUCAAGGCUGAAGACCUCAGUGGUGACUCAGCCCAGGCAGCACCCCCGCCCCCCCAGCCGGCUCAGCCUCAUCUGCCCCAGGCCCAACUCAUGUUGACGGGCAGCCAGCUAGCUGGGCUCACAGCGCUGAUGCCUGCUCAGCAGCAGCUUCUCCUUCAGCAAGCCCAGGCCCAGCUGCUGGCUGCUGCUGUGCAGCAGUCCAGUGCCGCCGCCGCCAACGCCGCUGCCGCCGCCGCAGCCGCUGCCUCCUCCACCUCCUCUGCCUCCUCCUCUGUCUCCUCCUCUGCCUCGCAGCCCCCAGCCUCCUCUGGGGGAGGUGACCUGCCACCAUCACAGCCUGCCAGCCAGCCCCCAGGGACCCCUCAGCUCACCUUGUCCCAACCCAUCCAGCUCACAGCACAGGACAUACAGCAACUCCUCCAGCUCCAACAGCUGGUGCUUGUCCCCGGCCACCACCUCCAGCCACCUGCUCAGUUCCUGCUGCCACAGGCCCAGCAGAGUCAGCCAGGCCUGCUACCGACGCCAAAUCUAUUCCAGCUACCUCAGCAAACCCAGGGAGCUCUCCUGACCUCCCAGCCCCGGGCUGGGCUUCCUGCACAGGCUGUGACUCGCCCCACGCUGCCCGACCCGCACCUCUCACACCCGCAGCCCCCAAAAUGCUUGGAACCGCCAUCCCACCCGGAGGAACCUAGUGACCUGGAGGAACUGGAACAAUUCGCUCGCACCUUCAAGCAACGCCGCAUCAAGCUGGGCUUCACGCAGGGUGAUGUGGGCCUGGCCAUGGGCAAGCUCUAUGGCAACGACUUCAGCCAGACGACCAUUUCCCGCUUCGAGGCCCUUAACCUGAGCUUCAAGAAUAUGUGCAAACUCAAGCCCCUUCUGGAGAAGUGGCUCAACGACGCAGAAACUAUGUCUGUGGACUCAAGCCUACCCAGCCCCAACCAGCUGAGUAGCCCUAGCCUGGGUUUCGACGGGCUGCCGGGGCGGAGACGCAAGAAGAGAACCAGCAUCGAGACGAAUGUCCGCUUCGCCUUAGAGAAGAGUUUUCUAGCGAACCAGAAGCCUACCUCAGAGGAGAUCCUGCUGAUCGCAGAGCAGCUGCACAUGGAGAAGGAAGUGAUCCGCGUCUGGUUCUGCAACCGGCGCCAGAAGGAAAAACGCAUCAACCCCUGCAGCGCGGCCCCCAUGCUGCCCAGCCCGGGAAAGCCGACCAGCUACAGCCCUCACCUGGUCACACCCCAAGGGGGCGCAGGGACCUUACCAUUGUCCCAAGCUUCUAGCAGCCUGAGCACAACAGUUACUACCUUAUCCUCAGCUGUGGGAACGCUCCACCCCAGCCGGACAGCAGGAGGGGGUGGAGGUGGGGGCGGAGCCGCUCCCCCCCUCAAUUCCAUCCCCUCUGUCACUCCCCCACCCCCGGCCACCACCAACAGCACAAACCCGAGCCCUCAAGGCAGCCACUCGGCUAUCGGCUUGUCGGGCCUGAACCCCAGCACGGGAAGCACAAUGGUGGGGUUGAGCUCUGGGCUGAGUCCAGCCCUCAUGAGCAACAACCCUUUGGCCACCAUCCAAGCCCUGGCCUCUGGUGGAACCCUGCCCCUUACCAGCCUUGAUGGCAGCGGGAACCUGGUGCUGGGGGCAGCCGGUGCGGCCCCAGGGAGCCCCGGCCUAGUGACCUCGCCUCUCUUCCUGAACCACGCUGGGCUGCCCCUGCUCAGUGCCCCGCCAGGUGUGGGCCUGGUCUCAGCAGCGGCUGCAGCCGUGGCGGCCUCCAUCUCCAGCAAGUCUCCUGGCCUCUCCUCGUCUUCUUCGUCCUCAUCAUCCUCCACUUGCAGUGAAGUGGCAGCGGCAGCACAGACCCCUGGAGGCCCAGGGGGACCUGAGGCGGGGUCCAAGGCCGAGUGAGAGCCCACCACGCUUCCCUCCUGCUCCUCUGACUCCCCCAACCUUGGUCCCCUGCCCAAGCAGGGGCCAGGAGGCUGGUGGGGGUGCAGCAGAUCCUCAGAGCAGGAGUGGCAAAGGAGGAAAGACCAAAAAUCAACCAAAAAAAAAGAGAAAAAAAAAAGAAAGAAAAAAAGAAACCAACAAAAGAGAAAACCAAAAAUAUUCACAACAGAAACCAGCUGCCCUAAAGGAACCAGAGAUGAAAAACAAACGAACAAAAAAUACUCCUAAACCAACCAAACACCCCCCCCCCCCCAAA